UACAUGAAUUUAUACAUAAGUAAGAUGAACGGAACUUUGAAGAAAUGGACGUCACUAUUCCGUGGAUACCAACACAGAUGGGUGAUCCUCACUAAUGACGGCUGUCUAAAGUACUACGAGACAGAACCGGAGGACAUAACAGAACCACCGAGGGGACAGAUAAAAUUAUCAUUUGCAGAAAUAGAAAGGAAAGAUGAAAAACGAUUUAAAGUGAUUUCAAACGAAGGACAGAAGUUCAGUUUUAGAGCCGAGAAUGAAGAAGAAGCUGACCAGUGGAUAGCUGUCAUUGAAGAAAUCAAAUCAGGAGCAAGAGAUGAUCUGUCAGAUGAGGAAGGGAACGAAGAGAAGGACGAAACAGAUUCGGUACAGGAUAAUGAAGAGAAUAAGGAGGUUGUUACUCAAGAGGAAACUAAUUUCGAAAGAAGAUUUACGUCGUUGAAAGGAGUUGUCAAAACUAUAAUGUCACAAGAACAAGUUACAGCACAAUUCCGUAGGCUAAUGAUUGACAGCAAGAGGAGAAAUUUUCAAGUCGUUGCUGCAAUUGAUUUUGGGUCUAGUUAUACAUGCUGUGCAUUUUCAUUUAAAUCUGAGUUCAAAAAAGAUCCAUUGGAUAUACAUGUCGUGACAAUUGAUGAAAGUCAUAAAGAACCAACUAUUCUACUGCUAAAUCAGGAAGGUCAGUUUGACUCAUUCGGAUCAAAAGCAGAAGAGAAAUUAACACAGUUACAAAAAGAGGACCCGGAUGGAGCGAACGAUUGGUAUCUAUUUCGAAAUUUCAAAAUGCAGCUUUAUAAUAAUAAGAGUUUGUCAAAACUGUUGAAGUUUAAAGACUUAGGUGGAAAGUCAAUGAAAGCCGAUUAUGUGUUUGCACUAUGUAUCGAGUACAUACAUAAUAUGGUAGUGGAGAACAUUUUUGACAAAGAUAGUUCUUUAAAAGAAUACGAUAUCCGAUGGGUGUUAACAUGUCCAGCAAUGUGGAAUGAAUCAGCCAGACAAUUUAUGCUCGAAGCAGCAGAAGAGAGUGGCAUUGAUAGAAAGAGCAUUACACUAGUAUUAGAACCAGAAGCGGCUGCAAUUUGUUGUAAAUGUUUAGAAACAGACAAAAAAUUGAAGGGAACCAAGGGAACGCACGUGUUUGCAACGGGAUCAAGAUUUCUCAUUGUUGAUCUAGGAGGUGGAGCAGUGGAUAUAACUGCUAAUGAAGUUUUAGAAUCUGGACAACUUAAAGAGAUCUACAACGCUUCCGGUGGACCUUGGGGAGGAAAUAUGAUCAAUCAUAAAAUAUGGAUCGUAAUCUAUGAUUUUUUUGGCAAUGCUGUAGUCCAAAACUUUAAGAAAGAACAUGGAGACGAUUAUUUACAAAUGAUUCGUGCAGUAGAAGAAGAGAAGAAAAGUUAUGACUUUGAUGAACGAUUCUAUGUCGAAGUUCCUGAUUCUUUGCUUGAAGAAGCUACCAAAUUGAAUGCUGAACUUGUUUAUGACAAAAAUAAAGAUUCUGUUAAAAUGGUGAAAGGUAGAUUGCAAAUCGAAAAGAAAUUGGUAAACGCCAUAUUCAAAGAAUGUAUCGAUACACUUUGUAAAAAUAUAAAAGAUUUGCUAGGCAAAAAGGAAACAGAAGAUGUAUCUAGUCUUAUAAUGGUUGGUGGGUACUCGUCGUGCACUAUAUUACAGAAAACCCUUAAAGAUAUGUUUUCAGAUCUGAAAAUAAUAUACCCACCUGACCCGGAAACGACUGUGAUAAAGGGGGCUGUUAUAAUGGGUCACAUGAAUACACCAAUUGCAAGAAGAUUAGCACGAUAUCACUACGGAAUUGCAAUCAAUUCUGAACUUGACCUUGUCGAGUCGUUUAAUGGAUCACUUGCGGAACAAACAGAUACUGAACCAGAGUUUCUCGCUUUUAUUAAGAAAUUAGACCCAAUUAAAGUAAAUGACGUCAUCGCUGAGUAUGAUGUUCCUGUCAGUUCUGGACAAGAGAAGGUGAUAAUUGAGGUGUAUGCAUCAGACAGCAAUAUUCCACCGAAAGUUGUUUCUGAUGCUCACUGUAGAAAAAUAGGAACAAUACGUAUAAAAAUGUCAAACAUAAAUGACGACACCAUGCUUAAAGUGGGUAUGUCCUGUGAUGGGACAGAGUUUAAAGCUGUAGCGAGAGAUUAUACCACUGGUAGAUGUUUUGCUGGAAUAUGUAGAUUCUUAGAAUGAGAAACUAUUAAAAUCAUGAGGGUUUGUUGCAAUGUAAAGAUGAUAACAGAUGUGUAUGAAAUUAAUUAGCUCAUUUCAUUAAGUGUAUAUAAUUGUCUCGUUAUAAUACUAUAGAUAACCAAUUUAUUAUUCUCCGUAAUGCAUUGAAACCGUAUAUUACUGUUUCUAAAUGUAAUCUACAAUCUGGGAGUUCUUUUCCUAAAACUAUUGUGAUGGACUGAAAUUAUAACCAGUGUAUUAUCUAAUAAAACA